CUUCCCCGUCUCUAGAAAUCAACUGUAGAUAUGAAUACUUCUUUCUGGCAUUUGUCUCUCCAUUUAUACCCAGUUUCCAUCACCCCCUACCCUGCCCACAACGCCCCAUAUAUCCAUCAUCACAUCACCUCAUACCUCUCGACCCAGCAGCAGAGAUGCACAAUCGUACAUGUACUGUUUAUUACUAAAAAUAUAGAUACAUGUAGUACGGAGAUAUUUAUAAAAAGAAAAGCAAAAAAUCCCAGUUUGUUGCGGUUCUUUUGAUGCCCAAAUCAUGUUUUUCUGAGUUCUCCUGAUCCGUCUUGAAUUACCCAUCCCUAAAGUUUUCCGCUUUUUGAAUUCUUCCGGGAAAAAAAAUCGGAAUUUUUUUUGCGUUUUGGAUGCUGGAUGGCAAUGGGGGUUGACAAAAAUGCUAGUGAUCGGAAAGGAAAGAGCGUCGAGCCCAGUAAACACCGGAGAGGGCAGCAGAGGAGAGUCAUGGCGGUUCAGAAUCUCUACGAGACUUGCCGGGAAGUGUUUGCGAAUUGCGGCCCAGACAUCGUCCCGUCGCCGGAGAAUGUCGAACGGGUUAAAGCUAUUUUGGAUAAAAUGACGGGGAUGGAUGUUGGUCUCAGGCCGACCAUGCCAUACUUCAAGCCAACCAUGCCAUAUUUCAAGCCAACCAGAAACGAUAGGCCUCCUGAAAUCGCUUACAUGCGCAUCCAUGAGUGUGAUAAAUUCUCGAUAGGGAUCUUCUGUUUGCCACCGAAAGCCGUUAUUCCUCUCCACAACCAUCCUGGAAUGACGGUUUUCAGCAAAAUUCUUUUUGGAAAAAUGCACGUACAGUCCUAUGACUGGGCGGAUGCUGGCCCUGGUGGUAAUGGCAAUCCCGAUGGAGUUCGUUUGGCAAAAGUGAAGGUGAACUCGGAGUUCAGUGCCCCUUGCGAGACUAACCUCCUCUACCCCAAUGAUUGUAACAUGCACUGCUUCAGGGCAUUGACAGCUUGUGCCUUUCUCGAUGUGGUCGUCCCGCCUUACAAUGACCUCGAAGGUCGCCAUUGUCAGUAUUACGUCGACUACCCUUUUGCCAACUUCUCAGAUGAAGGUGCAACAGGGCCCGAGGUGGCUGAGGAUCAGAAGGAAAGCUAUGUAUGGCUCAAAGAGCGGGAGGUGCCCGAAGACUUGAAAUUUGUCGGGGCAUUGUACAAUGGACCGAAAUUAGUGAAGUGAGAGCUAAUCCAUCACCAAACGAAGCUGGUUUCUGGCUUAACUGGAGCACAAAAACAUCGGUCUUUCUUUCAAUUUUAAGUCGCGGGUAGAUAAAGAGAAGAGAAUAUAGAUGGGAGGGGAGAAAUCUUCAGUUAUAGCAGUGGGUGUACAUAAUGAGGCUAUUAAAGGGACAGAAAACCAUUGCAGUAGAAAGUAGUUUGGGGAAGGAUGCUAAAAAUAGCAAAUUUCUUGUUCCUGCUUCUUUUAUUGGUAUUCUUGUGGUUUGAACAGCUUUGUAUAUUUGGAACGGAACAAUAACCAACCGGGUUGAAAAGAACAAACUGCAUCUUUUACCUGUCUCAUCAAUUAUAAAGAGACUUAGACUUAAACUACAAAUUGGGAACAC